GUAAGGACGACAUUCGAGCGGCGCCUGGCCGGAGCACAGGGCACUGCUGGUCACAGACCGGCAGUGCAGGCUCACUGGAGGCUAGAGCCAGCUCAGCGGGCCUGGACAUUGCGCCUGACCUGGACACUGGACUGGACCUGGACACUCCCGCUGGAGGCUGGACUAGCGUGGACGCUGGAAGCUGGGCUAGCGUGCACACAGGAGGCUGUGCACUGUGCAGUCCAGGCACUGCAGGAGGCCGAGCACUUGAGCAGUCCAAGGCACUGCGGGUUAUAGACCAAUCCAUACACUAGAGGAGGAGGCCGGACUACACCUCCGACACUGGACGCCGAAGUGACUGCAGGCUGAAAUCGGAAAGGAUGGGACAUGAGGAAGAGAUGUCCGACAUCGCAGUGCAAGGGAAGGAGGUAUCCGCCCCCACCAGCAGUCUCAGGAACCAGAUCCUCGCCAGCCUCAGCGCGACUGUCGGCGGCGUGGGCGCGGGCCUGGCGCUGGGCUACACGAGUCCGGCCGGUCCCGAGCUGCAGCGCUCGGCCCUGCAGCUGGGCACAUCCCAGGUGUCUCUGGUGGGCGCCGCGGUGCCGCUGGGCGCCCUGCUCGGCGCGCUCGUCUGCGGCUGGGCGAUGGACCGGUUCGGCCGGCGCGACACGAUGGCGGCGGUCAGCGUGCCGGCCAUCGCCGGCUGGCUGCUGGUGGCGUUCGCCGGCACCCUCGGACAGCUGCUGGCCGGCCGACUGCUGACCGGACUCGCCGCCGGCGUAGCUACCGUGGCCGCGCCCACCUACGUCGGAGAGGUGAGCGAGCCGCGCGUCCGUGGCGCGCUCGGUGCCGGGUUCCAGCUGCUGCUCACGUUCGGCAUCUUCCUGUCGUACUUGAUCGGCAAGUACGCCACCUGGAGCCACCUGGCGCUGGCGUCGGCGGCGCUGCCGGUGCUGUGGCUGCUGCUGGCGCUGUGGACGCGCCGCUCGCCCGUCUGGCUGCUGGAGAAGAACCGCGAGGACGAGGCACGGCGCGCGCUCGUCUGGCUGCGCGGCCGGCGCGCCGACGUUAGUGAUGAGCUGCGCAGUCUCGCCGAACAGGUCCGCGAGGCGCACAAGCGGCGGGUGACGUUCCGCGACCUGGUCAGCCGCGAGAACCGGCGCCAGUUCGCGCUGUCGCUGAUGCUGAUGCUGCUGCAGCAACUCAGCGGCAUUAACGCCGUGCUCUUCUACACUACGGGAAUCUUCGAGGACGCCGGCUCGUCGGUGGCGCCCGAGCUGGCCACCAUUGUCGUGGGCCUGGUGAUCGUGCUGUCCACCCUGGUCUCCGUGGUGUUGGUGGACCGGCUGGGCAGGAAGGUGCUGCUGCUCACCUCGGACGCUCUCAUGGCCGUCUGUCUACUGGCGCUCGGCGUCUUCUUCCACCUGAAGGACUCCGGCAGUGCCGACAGCCUCGGCUGGCUGCCGCUCGCCUCGCUCAUGCUCUACGUAUUCGCCUUUUCAAUUGGAUUCGGACCCAUACCGUGGCUGAUGAUGAGUGAGCUGUUCGCCCCGGAGGUGAAGGCCGUCGCCAGCGGCAUCGCCGUCUGCUUCAACUACUCGCUGGCCUUUCUAGUGACGCUGACGUUUGCGCCGCUAGUGACCGCCCUAACCCAGGCCGGCGCGUUCUGGCUCUUCGCUGGCGUCUGUUUGCUGGGCGUCGCCUACACCGCUAUCGCCUGCUAUGAAACCAAGGGUAAAACACUGCAGGAAAUUCAGCAGCACUUCCGUGACAAGGAAGCGGUCGAAACCUGAAGAGAAAAGGCACCUGGUGGGACUUUUACCGAAGUCGUGAUGCCAAGUGGGGACAGCCUUGGCAGAGCUGUGAGAUGCAAAAGUUGUGUGAACGCUGUGAUUUAUUGCUUUGGGAAUCACGACCAUGACAGCUGGUUCUGAUGCCGCCUCUCACGUACAUAUACUCGUAGCGAUGAAAGAAUUUGUGCCUUUGCACGUUGGUAAAUGGUUGCUAUCGUGGCAGGCUUCGUGUGCCAAUAUAUUAAUUAAACUUCCUGGCCGAGCUGAUGACGCCCCUGGCGGGGGUUUCGCUAAGUUCUUACGAUGCCACUGAAUAUAUUCCUCUUCU